AUGAAUCUUCUGGUCCUUUUUGCCGUGUUCGCUUCUAUCGCUUACGCACAAGACGGGUUGUGUUUUAUACCCGACGAAGGCGGACCUGGAGAAUGUGUUCCAUUCGGGCCAGUAGCUAAUCGACGGUGCCGGGACGCACCAUGUACGGGGCAACAAAAUGAUUGUUGGGUUACUGGUCUCAACUCAGCGAGGUGUUCAUAA